AUGGCGCUUUUCGGCACGGCAACAACUUCCACGGCCGUCUCCAACACCGCUGGAGACCUCUCGAAAGAUGUGGCUCUCACCUCCCCCCCCGAAGACAGUAUUUCCGAUCUUGCCUUCUCGUCGGUGAGCGAUCAUCUUGCCGUCGCCUCAUGGGAUAAGAAAGUUCGCAUAUACGAGAUCAACGAGCAGGGCCAGAGCGAGGGCAAGGCCCUUUUUGAACACGAAGCACCGGUCUUGAAUUGCUGCUGGUCGCCUGAUGGUACCAAGGUCGUUGGUGCCGGUGUCGACAAGGCUGCGCGCAUGCUCGACCUCCAGGCAAACGCAACAUCUCCUGUCCAAGUGGCCGCCCACGACGCCCCCAUCAGAUGCUGUGCCAUGAUACAAAACCCAGGAAACUCCUCCCAGCCCCUCCUAGUAACAGGUUCAUGGGACAAAACCGUCAAAUUCUGGGACUUGCGCCAAUCGAUGCCAAUCGGCACGCUCGAAUGUCAAGAACGUGUCUAUACCAUGGACGUGAAAAAUAAGCUCCUAGUAAUCGGCACAGCAGACCGCUACAUCAACAUCGUCAACCUCGACCAGCCCACUAAGUUCUACAAGACAAUGCAGUCGCCACUGAAAUACCAGACGCGCGUCGUGAGCUGCUUCACCGACGCGACGGGGUUUGCCAUGGGCAGCAUCGAGGGCCGCUGCGCCAUUCAGUACGUCGAGGAUAAAGACUCUAGCUCGAACUUUAGCUUCAAGUGCCACCGUGAGAGUCCUGCCAAUACGCGGGAUGUUAGUAAUGUCUACUCUGUCAAACUCGAUCGCGUUUCAUCCUGUGCACGGCACGUUUAG